AUGGCGAGAGAUUCCUAUACACUGCAAAAAGGUGCCGCCGUCCAGCACAUCGCCAAAGCCCAUAAUCUGAAAGGUCAACUGCCUGAAGGGAGCAUGGAAUCUUUGGCAACAACGAUUCGUUUCGUCACGCUGAACUGCCGAACACUAUCGAGUGAACUCCAACAAGCCGCUCUAUCCAGACUUCUGCGAUAUCUCUGUGUGCCUUUUGCUGCACUGCCGGAAACACGCAUGAGAGAUCGGCCCGUCAUCAGCAUCGAAAAUUACACCAUACACUGCGGCGAUGCUGAUGAGAACAAAAUAGAUGGCUGCGCGAUAGCUGUGAGGAACGAUUACAAGAACCUGGUGGAGGAAUUUGCCUCAACGUCGUCUAGAUGCGCCUUUGUACGAUUGCGGGAUCGCACAGACGCUGCAAGGGACACGCUCCCGGUCAUAUUGCCGCGGAAGAAGUUUGCCUUUGCAUCUGUGGAAACAAAAUCCAAGUACAAUUCUGUAUAUGCCGCGCGCAGCGCUGGUGACUUCAACCAGGAAAAGCGUCUUAGAAGGAAGCUGCGUCGUCAACUGCAACAAAACCGCGAUAACGAGUGGACGUCAAGAGCGAUGGAGUUUGAGAAGGCGUGGGAGGACAGAAACCCACGGAAAGUCUAUGCUCCACUAAAGCAGUAUAGCGGCAAAAUGAAAAGAUGUUCCCCUGUCCUCAACACUGCCAAUGGGGUAGCUGUCGGUGAAGCAACCCUUCCAAUUUGGAAGGAACACUUAAAGGCCUUGCUGAACCGGCAAGCACCGUCAGCUUCUGAACUCGAGCACGUUCAUUGCCCGACUUAUGCGGUUAACGAGGAACCAUCGACCGUGUCGGAGGUUCUAAGCUGUAUUCAAAAAAUGAAGACUGGAAAAUCUGGUGUAGACGACGGGAUUAGCGCAGAAAUGCUAAGACAUCUUCCUCCGUCUGGGAUUCGUGAGAUGACAAAGAUCAUCUGUUCAAUAUGA